AUGACUGACCCAAACAACGGAGGAAUUCAUUAUGCAUUUGCAAUCUUCAACUCACUGCAGGGCUUCUUCAUAUUGGUCUUUGGAACACUGUUGGACAAAAAGGUGCGGUCAGAAUUAACAAUAAAGUCACAAACCUCCCAGAGUAGGACAACGAGCACCAGCGCUGGAUUUUCAUUUAGUAACCUGAGAAUUUUUAGGAAUUGGCAACGGGGACGAGGUUCUUCAAGUAGCCUCAAUGUGUCUUCCAACUCUCUGGAUGAGCUUCUCAGCAAGGUGAAGGAUACCUUUGGUUUAAAGACCAAUGUCAGACUGCAAUAUAUGGACAAAGAGUUUGGUAAUGACUUCUUCAACCUCAGCUCAACUUCUGACCUGGAGGACUUGGGAACUGUCAAGAUUAAUGCGGAGUUCCAGAGGCUCAUGGCUCUUCCCCUUGAGCAGACGUUCUUGGCCCAGUUGGACAGGCACUCAAGUCAGCUGAUUAAAGUCAUCCAGGCCAAAGGAGGAGCAACACGUGCAAAAAUGGCUGGCAUCAUGAGAACUUAUGAUGAGGUAUGGAUAUCAUCAAUAUGGACACAGUGA